GGAAAUGAAACGCGUUGGGGGAACGCACGCACGCACGCACGUGUUUCACAUCGACGCGGCGGCGAUGCUGGCACCACGUGUACAGCGGUGCUCCUCCAACUGACCCGCAACGUUUUAAUCGCGAUCACCAAACCAAGUUCACCCACCGAUCCGUGAGAUUUGUUUGCGUGAUGCCACUGGAAGACCGCGUGGCGGCGCUUUGCCAUGCCCAUUACUUGCAGGCCCUGCCGAGGACGGGAAAACCGGAGCGAGGCCGGGAGUGGACCCUGCUAGCGGCUGUCUUGCUCAGGAGAGGUCACACCGAACCCGGCAGUGCAGAUGCACGUCUUGAAGUGGUGUCCAUGGGCACUGGAUCCAAAUGCGUCGGGCGGUCAAGCAUGAGCAAAGCCGGUGACGUUUUAAAUGACAGCCACGCCGAGGUCAUAGCGCGGAGGGGAUUCUUGAGGUACCUUUACCACGAGGUACGCCUGGCGCUAACCGGUGGGGAGAGUGCAGUUUUCACACCGUGCCCCGACACCGGCAAGUGCAUUCUGCAUCCUGGAGCUUCCUUCGUGUUCUACACCAGCCACACGCCAUGUGGGGACGCCUCAAUCGUGCCGAUGGAUGAAGAGACAUCGACACAGCUCCGGCUCAAGCGUAAUCCCACACCAACAUCUGAUACUCCAACCAUGAUGCCUGUACAAUCGGAGAGUAAUGACCAGGACCCUCGGAGCAAAAGAGACAUUGAAUUCAGCCACUCAGGAAAGAGAAAGACGGACACAAUCACUGCAUCCUUGCCAUCAAAAAUACAAAAAGUCGAUAGCGCAGCAAAUUCGACUGGCGCGCAAGUUUCUCCGGAGAAUGACAUCUGCGACACCUCCGUUCGGAACAGACCACCAGUUCUGCCCGUGCUCGACAUCCAUCGAACCGGUGCCAAGUGUGCCCCGGGCGAGGACGGAGACCCGCUGGCGCCGGGUUUGCACUACCAUCGCGAAGGAGCCCUGCGCCUGAAGCCAGGCCGCGGUGAGCCCACGCUGUCAAUGAGCUGCAGCGACAAGCUGGCACGCUGGGCUGCGCUGGGCUGCCAAGGAGCACUACUCUCCCACUUUCUGGUGGCGCCCGUCCGCCUGGAGACCAUCGUGACGGGCCACUGCCCCUACAGCCACGCCGCUAUGGACCGCGCGAUUGUGGGCAGGUGGGGCUCGGCAGAGUGCACCACUGCUGGGUUCGGGGUGCGAGACGUUGUCCUCCUGCAGUCCCGGCUGGAGUUCGAGUCAAGCCGGGCUCGAGUGGAGGCGACUGCCCCUCCGGAUGGAAAGGCACGGAUUGGGCCCUGUGCAUCCGCUGUAAGCUGGUGUUCCGUGCCUUCAGCGCCCCUUGAGGUCUCCGUCAAUGGGCACCGACAGGGAGUGACCAAGAAAAUGCUUGGAACGCCGAAGGCAAGGUGUAAGAUUUGCAAGCUGGAGCUGUUUAAUGAAUUUAAGAAUUUAAAGGAUUCCAUUCCAAAACACAAACUCCCAGAAUCUCUCAGGGAUCCGGAAGGAAAGUUGCAUAGCUACUGGGACUACAAGCAGGCAGCGAUGGACUAUCAGACAGCCUGGGUUGAACUCAGGAGCAAGGUCUUCUGCACAUGGGUGUCAUCACCCAGAGAGUAUCUUGACUUCACCUAAGCCAUGACUUGAAGUGGACUAUAUGUAAAGCUGUUUUCUUAAAAGGUUAGCACGACCCAGAUAAUCUAGUUAUUCUUUUAUCGAUUCGUACAUUUAUGCCUUUGACCAAAUUACUCACAAUGCGCCCAAUCUCAUUGGAUCUCUGAAGAUAAACAGUUAAGCCUGGUUCGUGCUUGGAUGGACUCUUGCACAGAAAUGCGCUUAAACAAGGUCUCUACAUUUACAUGAUCGGCAUUAGUUGUAAAGCUUCGUUCAUGAGAAAAAGAUUUAAAAAUCACAGGCAUAUUCUCUUGAUUCCACUGUACAAAGACUGUAAUGACAGUAAACGUGGGGGAAUCAUGCUGCAAAGAUGUCAGUGCUGUAUAAAGCUUCGGACUCAUUUUCCUAACAAAGCUUCAACGUUUGUUGUACACCUCAGGACACACAACCUAAAUGUUUUUUGGGUUACAUCUUUAUGGAGUAUGAAGACGUCUAGAAUGCAAGCUCAGUGUAAAUCCUGGACUAUCGUGUAUGGUUUCCAACAUGCAUAUGUACACAUUGCCUUGGUCCUAGUGUAUCAGAUGGAUCAAACAAAUGCAGAUAAAAUGCUGUAAAUUUUCCAACAAUUAAACUUUCAACUAGUUCACAAUGCCUGGUUUAUUAAGGCAUUUAAAGCAUCCUUAAAUGAUGUUACAACUUUCCACAAUACAUAUUUCAUUUACUUUAUACAGCUACAAUGUGCAAUGUGAUGAAAACCACCCAGAUGUGUUUGCUAAUAUCUGACUUCCCACUGUGAUGGUUUAAAUUUCUAUAUUAAAAACGUUACAUUUUA